AUGCCUCCCUGUCAACAGCUUGAUGAUUUCGGGAUACUCGCAAAGCGGACACCAGAUUGGCGACAGGCAUGGGUUCCAAAACCGCCCCAAGACCAUCCCGAUCGCGGUUCGGCUGUCGUACCUGUCGUGCACGUAAAGUCAAGUGUGACGAAAAGCCAGGUGAAUGUGGAAACUGUGCUCGACUGCGACUAG